AUGCCUACCAUUCCUAUUCCCACCACAGUUAGUCCUCAACAAGGUGGUACGAGUUCCAUAGGUGGGCCAGAUCCUAUAAACCAUGUUCAAACUUUAGGUACGCCACCGGUUCAAGCGUCAGAUCACGGUAGUAACCCAGCCAUCCCUGAAUUAUCUCCCAUUACACCUGAUCUGAGCAGCCCAAUAGAUAAGGGUACAUCAAACCAGAGAAACACUAUCAGUGAAGAAGAGUCCAGUAGCCGUCGUAGGCAGCGGACACUUACACUUGUUACUCUUACUCCUGCAGGGUUGGAACCUUCUAAAGAAUGCUCUAAUACCAUAUCCGCAUCUUUCAAAAAUCAACUUGAUCCCAAUGGAAUCAAUUGGAAAGGUGUCUCAGAAGAUACUAGAGAUUUUUAUUUUGGGGAAUUCAAGAAGACAUACCAUUGGGACUCUUCGAUUCCUGAGAGUGUAAUCAGAAAACAUUGGAAUACUAAGGCAGCAACAAAGUAUAGGAAUUUCAUUAGCAAAAUUAAACAAAAAAGGAUUAAGCCGGAUUAUGUGUUUGAUAAUGUGUGGGAACGUUGGUUGAAACUUUGGGCGGAUCCUAAGUGUGUUGAAAAGUCAGAAAUAAAUGCAAAGAAUCGUUGUGGAGGGAAAGAAGUUGUUGUCGGGACUCACACAAGUGGCUCUAUCUGCAUUGGGGAGCAUCGCAAGAGACUUGUAUUAACUUUUGCAAAGGGUCGAGAUCCAACACCAGGUGAGGUACAUUUGCACGUCCAUACACAUGAUCAUGAUGGAGAAUCUUUUGUUUAUGAGCGUGCCCGAGCUGUCCAUGGUCCUAAGCAGCCUUGGAUGUUGUCGGAAGAUGAUGAGUCUACCUUAGAUGAUGAAAGAUAUCAAGAAAUAUUACGGGAAAAAUCACAGUCUCAAUCUGAUAUUGAUCAAUGUGAAGCAUAUUACGAAGCUGCUGGGGGAACAAGGAAGAGAAGAAUAUAUGGUCUUAGAUCUCAAGCACAAAGUUAUUAUGGGCCAAAUCUUUGCGUCAAUUCUGGCUUUAAUGCUUCAGCAUCAGCAGCACCUUCAACUUCUCAAUCAGCACCGACAGAAAAUAUGGAGGAGUUAGUGAUGCGAUUGAUUCCUACACUGACUGAUCGCUCGCUUCCUUUAUUUAUUGAGAAGUUACGUGGAGUGGUUUCUUCACCAUCACAUCAUCCAAAUACUCCUAUCAACAAACCAUCAGUUGUGACACCCAUAGUGCCUCCUCAUACUACUGCUAACGUUGACGAUGUUGAUCCUUUAGUUUCUGAUGAUGAUCGUAGUCCUUCACCCAUGCAUUAG